UCAGGCUCAGAUUUCAGAUUCAUUAUAAAUCUCAAUUUCAAUUAUGACUGGUUAUGUGCUCCAGGGUCAACAUGCAGUACUAACCUUGAACAGAAGGGGGCACUUAACUGCAACUUUUAUUUAUUGUGUGUGACGUGUGUUCCGUUCUUCUUUGUGUCCCGCCCACAGGAUGAUUGACAGCCCCGUGACCCAAUAGACAGGAUGAUCGCUACCGGCGGGCUGCUGAGGAUUUCCCGUCGCCAGGACUCGCUGCGAACCAAGAACCGCGCGGAGAACAAGAAGAAGCGGAAAGCUAGGAAGAAGCGCAAGAACGACGUGGUGGUGGUGAAGGGCAAAGUGAAGCUGUGCUCCGUCUCUGGGCUGGUGGCAGCGCUGGGGGUCUUGAUCCUGAUGACCGGCAUCACCAUGGCCGUACUGGGAUACUGGCCCAGAGAGAGGAACCACCAGAAAUUCAUCAAACCCGUGCCACAAAUAAUAACCGAGAACUUUACGAGCAAUAACGAGUUAGUGAAGUCAAACGCCUCAUCUGGCUUCUUCAGAAGUCUGCUUGUGAGAUAUUUAUACUCGGACAACCUCAAAGUCUUCGGACCGUUAGUGAUGGGCAUCGGGAUUUUCCUCUUCAUCUGCGCCAACGCGGUUCUCCACGAGGAUCGCGAUAAGAAAACCAAAAUCAUCAACCUGCGAGACAUUUACUCCACAGUCAUCGAUAUCCACAGUUUGCGCGCCAAAGACUGCGUCCCGUUCAACGGCCUCAUCGUGCAACCGAAGAGCGAUAAACCUGCGUCGCCACGAAACAACAGACGCCCAUCGUGUGCGAGGAAACACAGCUUGUUUGCGAAGCACCCGUCGUUCGCUGACACGAUCUAUAGCAUACAUCACGGAGCCGAGUGGGAGACGCACUCCAUCGUCACGUCGUCGCUCAAUGCCUUCACGCUCCCCGUCAUCAAACUCAACAACUGCGACGUGCAGGAGAACGAACCUCCGCGGCGUAAGAGCUGCGUCGCGACACUGGAGACCAAAGCGGAGGCCUGGAGGACACGCAUGUGUCUUUCGCACCUGUCUCUGAACGCACUGAUGGAUCCCGGAGCCAGGUGUCUGGACGAGAGCUCGCGCAGGUUCAGCUGUCCCAGACUGGAGCGAUCGGGGAGUAAGGGCUACAUUAAACUCUCCGAUCUGGGACGAGAUUCGCUCGAGACACCCGACGCAGGGCGAGAGGAGAAAGAGACCCGCGCUCUUCAUGAAAACUCAGAUACACGUCUGCAUAAACACACUGCGUGUCAUUCGUGAACCAUGACCUAGGGGCACAUU